CAAGAAGCUCACGAAUUCCACAGAUACGCUCCUUCUUUAUCCUCAAUUCUAUACGUCGUUCACGUAAAAAUGGCAGAGCCUGGCGGCUUGCGUCGAGUAUUCGCCAAUCCUAAUUUCGACGUUAAGCGAUUUGUGCGGAACAACCAGUCAAAUGACGCCAUGGUCGACUUUUUAAGCAAUUUGUCCGAAGAAGCGUCCAGCAAGAUGAAACAAGUGAUAUUCGAAAACUACAAGCUGUUCAUUAAAGCUGGCAAGGCUGCAUCGGAACUGGAUGCGGCAAUGCACCAAAUUCAUCGAGACUUUACCGAGAAGCGCCGUGUGAUGAACGCUCUAACGGAGACAUGUCUUUUUAACGAAGUCAUACCAGGACUAAGUGAGGAGGAGCCUGCAGCAAAAUCUACGGGGUCGUUGCCAGCUUUAGGAAAAAAGCUGAGUGAAUUUGCGGACGCGCCGGUCAAAAUGCUGGUAGAUGUGGUUGAGGAAAUUGCGCAAUUGACAGAUGAUGCGACCCGGUGUGUGAUAUUCGAUGGAGAGGUGAACGAGCUAAGUGUUGACACCUAUUCAUUCAUAUGUGUGGCUCGUUUGUUUCUACUGAACGAUGUGCUGGUCGUUGCUUACACACAGUCUGGCAGGGCUGCCACAUGUCGUUACCGAGUGCAAACUGUCUAUCCACUGGACACAGUCAGCGUGGUUGCUCUUCCUCCACAUGACCGUUGGCAACGCUCUACGGAUGCAUUCAAAGUUACAGCGAAUAUGGGCACACGCGUCUUCCAAUCACCCGAGCAGCAAACGUGGGUUCGGGUUCUAGAGGAAGCAAUACAUACUUAUACCGCCUCUCUCGGUGACCAGACCCGUCAAGACUCUAGUGUCGUUCACUAUGGUAUAGGAGAAUCUGACUCAUUAAGCAUGGGUGAUUCAGCAGCCACCCAGCUCCCGUCUGGUACAGGCCCUCCGCGCGGAACCUUCAAAAUGCCUGUCUAUGCCAUACCGCUGAGUGCAGCAUCUGUCGAGUCUGUUCGAGAAACAAUCAAAGCAUUGAACAGUACUCUGCCUGAAUGUUCAGAUUUGCUGACUCUUCCAGCCGAUUUACCGAGUCCCACGCCCAGCCGCAAAAACCCGUUUGGUGACCAGUCGCAAUCCCAACCGUCACCUUCUGUCGCGAGCACACCGAAGCACCCCAUGGCUUGGUUGUGGGAUGUCCCAGAAGAUUUGGAUGUUGCCAUAUCAGAACGGGACUUUGUCCGGGCAACCGAGCUUGCAGUGAAAGCGCGUGAACAAAUCGACCUCCUGCUGACUACCACUGACUUGAACGAAAAUUCGGCGAUGAAUUCGGAUAAACUAGAUGAAAUACUUGACUCAAAACCGCGUUCUGAGUGGCUCACACUGUCCCAAAAAAUCUAUAAAAAUGAAGUCAGCUUGUCUGAGGCUUUACAAUAUGAGCUAAUGACUGCCGCAGACCGCCAUAGUGCUCCUCGCUCGAUCAGCGCCCCGGUGUCGCAAUUGGUCUCACUAGGGAAGGGAACAUUGGCUGCUCAACUCUUUCUUGCCUACCGGUCCAACCUAAUGGCAAGGACACUCACACGUGGGGUUCGACAAGAAGGAAAUCAGCUGGUUUAUCUAAACCGCCUCUCGUUUGCUUUUCACCGCGGCGUGGUCGAAACAGAUGCGCAGUGGCGUUCGGCAGUAGUUAAACCGCUCAUGGAGCGUACUUUGAAGAUGAGUGGAACAAGUGGCAAUCAAGAACGGAUAAGCAUGAAUCUGCUCUCUGCAAGAUUUUGCAGUUGGGUAUUGGAGGAAGCAGACAAAUUCAGUCAGCAGCUUCGCGUUAUUCUCGUCGACAGUCGAUCAAUCACAUUCCACAGUAUGGCACUUGCGGCCCAUCGGAUGAUCGCUCAUGCGGAAAGGGUCACCGAGCUGGUUGGCGUAGAUAUUCGUUCAUUACUUCAAGCAAAUCUGUCUCGGACUUGGAGACUGGCUGCGGAAGCUCAAGCCCAUGUGUUGCGUGAUGCCGUCAAGCAUCGUGCCAAACAAGAAAACUGGGAGCCAAUCACCAACAAAUCAAUAUCUGAUCAGGAACAAUAUACGAAGGAAUUGUAUGAUCUUGGUCUUCUCAAUCGAAAUUCCACGGGGACGAGUUUGCCUUUGACCAUCGGAACAUGCCAGUUUGUCCGUUCGUUGUACUACUUCGUUCGGAGCGCGAUUCGUUUACACACCGAUGAGCUGAUUGCUCCAUUCAGUCAAUGUAUCGCCAAUAUUAUACGUGCAGAACUCGAAAACUACGAAGCUGUGCUACAGGAUGCCGAGUUGGGAACCAGGAAGCCGUUCGUUCUCAUGAACCUCGAAUUCAUCGCUCAACAAGCCAUACCGAAGUUGGUCAAACCACUGAAUUGCCUUCAAUACCAAGCAGUGCAAGAAGUCAUUGAGGGACUAAAUCAAUUGCUCGAAUGUUCUCGCUGAUGUAUUCCCCCAUGCCUCCCGCUAAUCAGUGCUUUCAGCGAUAUGACUUUUCUCUGGAAAUUACACUUCCUUUUCGACUGUUUGUAUCUUAAAAGUUGAUGCAAUAUUUCGCUAUCACAAAAGAACUUGUAUUGUCAAAUUUUUCAUGAAGAUUGUCAAGUCACAAAAGGACAAUGAAGGCAAGUUGUCGGGAUGAUAUGUAUAGUUUGGAGUUCGUAUCGGACGGAGUCAAGUCGAUUGGAUCACUUUGCUCAUCUCCAUGAGUACGUAAUCCACUUUGUUGUACAGCGCAUCUAACACAGGUCCACGUUCCAGCUUGAUCGGUCCCAUCAGUAACUUCAGUAUGGUUUCGCUGCGUACCAAGGCUGCUAGGACGGGAUCCUACAAACGAAUGAGAGAACGGACAUACGCGUACAGCUUAUUUUCAUUGUCACAAUCUACGGUUUAAACAGCACUUUUCUUGUUUUCUUACCGGGUGGAACCGUCGCCAUUGUAAUCUCUCUGGAGUAUGCAAACCCCUUAAAUUUCUGGUAGUCCAACGGAUAGGUAGCUGAUUGAGGCAGUUUGACAUUGUUUUGGUAAUCGAAGUUCAGAAUGUUUGUUAUUGGAAUCAGGAUAUCCACAUGCACAUGACG